UUCAUGUAACAUAAUAGAAGCGAUAUAAUUGUUUGAAUAAAUUAAAAAAAAUUUUAAUAAUUUUUCAACGAAAUUCAGAAUUCAUAGUCUUUUAAAUUUUCGGAAUUUUAUUAAAGUAGGUACUACAUUAGACCGCUUAAAAAUACUCUUUCCUAGUUAUAUGCAUUAGUUAAGCAAUCAAUAGUUGAGAAAUGGUUGACACACAAAAACAUUUACAAGAUGAAAUUGACAAAUAUAAGCAAGUUCAAAAAGAGUACCACAAGGCUUUAACUAAAAGGCAACAAUUGGAUGGGCAAUUAAAUGAAAACACUGUUGUACAACAAGAGCUAGAGCUUCUGCAAAAUGGAAAUGAUGUAUAUAAGCUUAUAGGACCUGUCUUAGUAAAACAAGAAUUAAUUGAAGCGAAAGAAAAUAUUCAAAAGCGCAUCAAAUUUAUUACGUCUGAAAUGAAACAAACAGAAGGUUUGAUUUUGUCAUUAGAUGAAAAAAAAGAAGUUCAUAGAGAAAAUCUAGAAAAACUGCAACUAUCAUUUCAUCAGGCUCAAGUAAAAACUAAAACAAAAGCUUAAAAUGUUA